AUGAAGACGUGGACGAUCCCUGACCCGCUGCCGAACGCUACCGACGCCCUCCAGGCGCUGGUAGCGAGUCAACGUGACCACAUUGCCGAGUUAGAACAACAACUCGCUUGGUUCACCGAACAGUAUCGACUCGCGCAGCACCGGCGCUUUGCCGCUGCCAGUGAGACCUGUCCGCAUCAGCUGGAUUUGUUUGCCGCGUUGUUGGAAGAAGCGCAUCAAGCGGCGACCGCUGCUGAUGAGGCGGCCAGCGAGAAUAGUCCGUUGGGUGACGACGAUGAGGGCAACACGGAUGACAAACCCAAACGCCGCCGCACCGGUCGCCCAUCACUACCCCCAGACUUACCGCGCGACCAGGUCAUUCACGAUCUCGCCGACGAUGAGAAAAUUUGCCCCUGCUGCGGUAAACCCAAGCAGGCUAUUGGUGAUACCCGUUCCGAACAGUUGGACAUAGAGCCACCGAAGCUCAAAGUCAUUGAACACAUCCAACUGAAGUACGCCUGCGCUGACUGUACUGACGGUGGUGUCAACACCGCUGCUAAGCCCGCGCAACCGAUUCCCAAAAGCAAUGCCAGUCCCGCCCUACUGGCGUAUCUGGUGGUUGCUAAAGUGCUGGAUGGCUUGCCGCUAUUUCGCCUAGAGCGGCUAUUUGAUCGCCUAGGUUACAAACUCCCGCGUAGCACCCAAGCGUCGUGGUUGAUUAAAAGCGGUCAGCUCGUCCAGCCCCUGAUCAACCUGAUGCAUGACGACUUAGUAGACCGUGACAUCAUUCUGGCCGAUGAAACCACCUUCCAAGUUCUGAAAGAACCCGGUCGAGCCGCCCAGACCAAGAGCUACCUUUGGUGCUACCGCAGCGGCUGUGGGCCACCGAUCGUGCUGUUUGACUAUACGCCCACCCGUGCGGGGCAGAAUCCCAAAGACUACUUGACAGGUUUCAACGGUUAUUUGCUGACCGACGGUUAUUCCGGCUAUAACCGUGUGCGUACCGCUGUGGGUCAGCCAGUGAUGGCGGGAUGCUGGUUUCAUGCGAGGCAAAAUUUCCACCAUAUCAUCAAGGCGCGGCCCAAAGACGCCGAACCCGGUCUUGCCGAUGAAGCGUUGGCCUAUGCCAAUACGCUGUUUCGGCUAGAGCGGCAGUGGAAAACGUGUAGUGAUGAACAACGCCAACAGCUUCGCCAGCAGUUCAGUGCACCGGUACUCAACCAGUUCAAGACCUGGUUAGAGCGGUAUCUUACGGCGACCGCUCCCAAGACGCUGUUGGGUAAGGCCAUUCGCUAUGCACUGCGGUUUUGGACGCCGCUCACGCAGUUUCUCGACGAUGGGCGAUUACCCCUGUCGAAUAAUGAAACCGAACAGGCGAUCAAAACCUUCGUUCUGGGUCGCAAAGCGUUUCUGUUCUCGGAUACGCCAGCAGGCGCUAACGCCCUGGCUAACUUGUACUCACUGGUGCAAACGGCGCGUGCCAAUGGGCUGGAGCCGUGGGCUUACCUCAAGCAGGUGUUUACGCAGUUGCCGCACGCGCAAACCGUUGACCACAUCGAAGCGCUGUUGCCCUGGCGCGUCGCGGAGGUGGGAUGA